CUAUUUAGCAUAGUAAUAUAAAAGAUCCAUUCUCAGCAAAACCCUAAUUCUUCAUCGUUAAAAUCCUCAAUUAGCCGCAGCGACACACACCCUUGGCGGCAAUCAUCACCGUUCACCGGAAACCUUCAUCGGAGAGACUAAAAUGUCUUUAGUGGCGAACGAAGAAUUUCAGCACAUUCUGCGUGUGUUGAACACUAACGUUGAUGGAAAGCAGAAGAUCAUGUUCGCAAUGACCUCCAUUAAGGGUAUUGGAAGGAGAUUUUCUAACAUCUGCUGUAAAAAGGCUGAUAUUGAUAUGAACAAGAGGGCUGGUGAAUUGAGUGCUGCAGAGUUGGAUAAUUUGAUGACCGUGGUUGCGAACCCUCGUCAAUUCAAGAUUCCUGAUUGGUUUUUGAAUAGGAAGAAGGAUUACAAGGAUGGAAAGUUUUCUCAAGUUGUGUCCAAUGCUCUUGACAUGAAGUUGAGGGAUGAUUUGGAGAGACUCAAGAAAAUCAGAAACCACCGUGGUUUGAGGCACUACUGGGGCCUUCGUGUUCGUGGUCAGCAUACCAAGACAACCGGCCGCAGGGGAAAGACUGUUGGUGUCUCAAAGAAGCGUUAAGCUGUUAUAUUUUGGCAUGGAGAUUAGAUGAUUUUGAUUUGGAGCACAUUAGACAUGUUUUCUAUACCACCUUUGUAUGGUUAAAUUAAAUGAUCAUGACAAUUUGAAUUUUGUUUGGUUUUUGUGUUAUAAGUUUAUGAUUUGUUGAAUGAUGUUGGUAUGGUAUCUAUUUAUUUAAGUUGGUUCUUAACAUGAA